CAAGCGACACUUACAAUGGGAAUUGCAGCCAACACCCAAAAACUUGUUUCCUCUCACAGACUUAUUUAUUUGUAUGUGUCUUGGGGCUUUUUACACAUGCACCCCAACAUCAAUGACUCAAGCAGGUGUCCUAGGUCACAAACUGACUGGAGAGCAGGAAAGACAAGACUCAUGGCUUCAGUUUUCAAGCAAGUUGUCCUCUUAGCCAAAGCCCCUCCUUUUCGUGAGAAACUACUGAACUUGGAAGAAAGGCUCCGUAUUUCCAUAGUCAUGGCACUCUUUUCUUCCCUCACCCCAGUCUUUAUAGCCAUUAUAUGUGUUUUGAUUGGGGUAAUACUAAAGAAAACUAGUGGAGAGAAAGAAAAACGUGACAUUAAAAGCAAGCUUACAUCUCGCCCAUGGGUGGAUGAAGAUUUAAAAGAUGGUACUGACCAUCCCUUAGAGGAAGAAGAUGCUGAUGAAGAGUGGCAAGGACUUGAAGAAAAUGUUGCCCAUGUCCCCUUCACUGCAGAGCGCUACUCUGAGGCUGAAAUGAUUAAGAGGUCACAAGCAUUUUACGAGCUUCUAAAUAAGAGGCGAUCUGUCAGGUUUCUUAGUGAUGAGCCAGUCCCCAGGGAGGUUAUCGAUAAUGUCAUCAGAACAGCAGGUACUUCACCUAGUGGAGCACACACUGAGCCCUGGACCUUUGUGGUAGUGCAAGAUCCAUAUUUAAAAUGUAAAAUUCGUGAAAUUGUAGAAGAAGAAGAGGAAAUCAACUACAAAAAAAGGAUGGGAGACAGAUGGGUUAAUGAUCUGAAAAGACUGAGAACAAACUGGAUCAAAGAGUACUUGGACACUGCUCCAUAUCUGAUCCUCAUUUUCAAGCAGGUAUAUGGGCGGCUUCCAAACGGCAAGAAAAAGACGCAUUACUACAAUGAAAUCAGUGUUUCUAUUGCUUGUGGUAUCCUGCUUGCUGCACUGCAGAAUGCAGGUCUGUACACUGUGACCUCCACACCCCUCAACUGUGGCCCCCAGCUCCGGGUGCUGCUCCAGCGCCCAGCAAAUGAGAAGCUACUCUUGUUGCUCCCUGUUGGCUAUCCCAAGAAAGAUGCUACUGUGCCUGCGCUGACCAGAAAGCCGCUGGAAGACAUCAUGGUGGUCAUGUGAGCCCAGUGCCAGGAGGAACGAGUUCAUCCCUGCUGCCAGCUAGGAAGUAGCAGCCUGAUGAAGUUGUCAUUGCUGUUUCUUUGCAUCAUCUCCCUAUGUCACUGUUGCUCUGGUAGUUUACAUCUGUAUUUCUUUUAGUGCUACUAACAGCAGUGAGCAGUCAAGCACUGUGCAUUUGACAGGUGCUGCUACUUAUGAGACUAGGCAGGUUUUCUAGGGGACAAUGACAUUUAAGUGACCUUUAUCACUUAAUUUUUCUCAUGCAUUACUGGGACAAAUCUUUCCUUGAACUGGGGUAUAUAUUCUCCUUAUACUUUUGUGAUUGCCAUUACACAGUUAUUUUAACUUAAGAAUUUUAGUGAAGAUUGUAUUAAAAGAGAUAAAGAGGUCAAAGAGCUGUCUUGGUUAGUGCGUGCUGUUUAAAUGCCCCUUCCCCUUCACUGUGUUCUGUUAUAAAAAUAGAAGGAUGUUAUUUUUCUCUUAUAUGAUAGGAUCUCUCCACUUGAUUGAUCUCAAUUACCUUGUCUAUACCAGGCUUUCUUAAACUAUUGCUGCUAUAAGAUUGGGGAAAAUGUACCAGGAAAAAGUCAUCCAGGUAAUUUCCCUGUUACCAUUUAUUUAUACAUAUUCCAGGUCCAGUUAGAUCAUAUGGUAGCUAUGAACCAUGCUCCCUGUGUUCUCUGCUUCCACUGGAAGCAGCCCAGAGGCAGCUCCUGUUCUAGUUAUCCUAGUUUAUAAUACCUACAACUAUACCAGUUUAACACCCUGAAAUUUAAACUGCUUGACGGACCCUGACACGUGAGAGAUGCUUUCAUGUCACACCAAGUCAGGCAUGGUUAGGAUACUGUUUCCCACAAAAGCAGUGCCUCCCUUACUCAAGGCGAGAUGUGGAGGGGCGGCAGUGGGAGCUGCUCCCUGGAAGCGCUGGUGCUGCCGAUCCCUGCGCGGGCAGAGCCCCCUCGUGGGGCCGCAGGUGCCGCCGGCUCUGGGAACAGCGCAGCGUGAAAACGCUGGGAGAGAGCCGUCCUUCCUGCGGGUCUCUGUUCUGUGAAACACUUUGCCACCCUGAUCUCUGCUGCGUCUAACUUCAGGCAAAUUCAGCUGCACUGGCUUCAGCCCUCCCUGGACGUUGCUGGAGCUGACUCGCUGCUCCUUGCAUGAAGCCUAACCUGGGCUAGAGGAGGGUGUCCCUUCACAUAGCAGGGGGAUUUGAGCUAGAUGAUCUUUCAGGUUCCUUCCAGCCCAAACCGUUCUAUGAUUCUGAAAUUCUAUAAAUCAGUCUCAUUUCUUAUCACCCAUUGUCAGCUGAGCAAAUACAGGGGAUAAUGUUUUACAGAGAAACAGGUUUUUGGCCAUGUCAAUGCCUCCGUCACCCAGUAGGAAAAACUAUUUUUCUCUUUAGCAGACCAUUUUUCUGGUAUUUAGCAGGCAUGCCUAAAUGUGUUCACCUAUUGUACUAAUCUUGUUUCACAUCCUCAGUGACACAGCUAUGUCAGGAAGCUCUUAGUGCAGGCCUAAUUUGAAAUGAACUCUUAUAACUAAAUAAAAUAAAAUAAGGAAGUCCUGUGUCUACAUACUUGCAAGGUCUAAAAGCUAGUCAGGGAGAGAGGGAUGGGCUGAAUGAAGCCAAGGCUGACUAGCUGCAGGUGCCCAGUUAUCAGGAAUGCAUUUUAAAUCACUGUUGCAAGUUUUCCUUCUGUGCAGAUGCUGCUCUGCCCCAUCAGGCCCUUUCACAAACCAUUUUUACUUGCUGUAAAAACUAUGUUUGUUUUAAUUCAGAAUUCACAUCGAUAGAGGGAGCAUGAAUUUCUGUUGUAUUGCAACCUCUCUUACAGCUACAGAAAUAAACUGCCGCUUCCUGGUCUCAGUCUGCAAAAUAGACAACACUCAGAGAAGCUUUAUCAAACAAAUUCAGUUUCAAAGAGCAGGAGCUUGCAUAUAUAAGACUAUUUCUAGUAUGAUUUCAUAAUUAAAAAACAAAUAACUAAACCAGUUUAAAAAUAUACACAAAAUUGUCAAAAUAACAAGCACUGAUAUAUAUCAGUUCUACUUCUUUACACCAAAGAAGAUUAAUGGUGUUUUUUUACCCAUGUGUUGAUUCUGGAAACCAAUAUACAUGUCCUAGUUGAAAAACUUAAGCCCUCACACCUACUAGAUCAAAAAGAUUCUUCUUAGAUCAUGAAAUGUAAGUAAAAUAAGCUUUUUUUUUUUUCCCUUUUUUUUCUCCCUCCCAGCUUAUUCAGUCACAAAUGCUUCAGUAGUAUUACAGUUGCUGGUGAUACUGCAGCCUCUUGUAAAUCAUGCUAUUGUUCCUGUUGUGAUAAGCCUACUUGGAAUUGCAAGUGUUCUCUAAUAAGUGCACUGUCUUCACUUAAAUCACAAUUAAAGAAUAAUAACUUUUGCCUUUC